AUGGCUCCUCGACGCGCUGCACGGGCUCUGGGCCUGUUGUCGCUCGCCGCGAGUGUCCUAUCAUUAUACGUCACACCCGAAUCCGACUGUGCCGCGUUAUGUCUGGGAAGCGCAAAUGAGACGAUAAGCUCGACGGAAGCCUCCAUCUCCACAUCCGACAUUGCUUGCAGGGAUGCCGAGUACAGUUCCUCCUCAUCAGGAAUCAGGUAUCGCAACUGCAUUGACUGCCUGAGCAAGAGUCAAGAAACGGAUGGCGAAGAGAGUGACCUGCAAUGGAUGCUGUACAACAUGCGCUAUGCGUUGAAUACAUGCCUCUUUGACGAGUCAACAGCCGUCAAUUCGCCAUGCAUCAUCAACUAUGCCUGCGAGCCACUGGAAGACGCCCUGAAAACAGGCCUCUCAACCCCUGGCGAGCAGAGCUUCGACUAUUGCACGGCGGACGAAGGCGCCUUCUCAAAGAAAUGGCAUUGGUCCUGUGUCUCAUGUCUCAAGAGCAGUGGGACGCAGGUCUAUCUAUCCAACUUCCUUCAAGCACUUAAAGCCGGCUGCGAGCAGAAGCCUGAGCUUGGAGAUGUGCUCACUAUGCGCGGAGAGAUCUUCUCCAACACACUACUGAACAUUACUGUGACCAACACCACUCUGCCUGGCGAAGGAGGAGCUGAUUCAUCCACCAUGACAACGGGUACCUUGGUUGGUAUCGGCGUCGGAGGCGGUCUCGGCCUUCUGGGAGCCAUAGCACUCACCGUCGCUUGCUGCCGUCGCCGAAAGAAGAGAAGGGCCGCGGAGCAGGACGACCUUGACCGAACACCCCCACCGGACAGGAGCAAUGCAAGCUCCUUCACGGCCAUCAACCACAGCCCGUUCCUCCGAGACCACAAGAAAUCACCUUCUAUCUCUACGGAGUAUGAGCUUCAGGAGAAGCAAAAGCACAUUAACAAUGCCGACUACUACGAUAGGAUGGAAGAAGAAGCGCGAAUCGGCCGCGCCAAAGCGAGCUACAACUUUGAUCCCCGUCUUUCACAGCAUGGUCCCGGCAGUGCCAUGCCCACACAUCCGGCGUAUAACCCCCGUAUGACCAUGAGCCAGCCUGCAAAGUUGUCAUCGCUUGCGCCUGCCCCACAACGGUCCAGAGCGAACACGCCUGACUCCUACGCUCUCCAAGCAUAUCUGAAUGCCGCUGAAGACGGAGUCCCCGGCGGCAUCCCACGCUCCAGAUCACAAACCCCAUCUGGCCGUGGCUCACCACCUGCCUCCACUGGACGCUCUUCCGCAGAGCCCCCAGUCACCGGCACCAGCACGACCCUCACAGCCCAACAGCUCCCCGGCGGCAUUCCCCCUCCGCCUCCGGGCCCCCCUCCUUCUCAAGCGCACGCCGCGGCGUCCAAGACUCGCUCCACGAGGGCGCCCUCUCUUGUGCUCCCCUCCCUACCUCGCAUCCGCAUGCCCAAGAGGUACGCACCCCCGACCAUCAACGUCGAGGGCGCCACUCCGGUCGACGGCGACCGCCAUCCGGCCGAUGAGAUGCAAAUAUCUGAGCCCAUUGCCCUCCACGAGGCGCGUUUCACGGACAAACCUCUUGGCGGACCCGUUGUUCUCGCUGAUUCGGCGCCGAACAGGAAUAUCGACCCAAGGGUGUACGAGAAUGACCAGCCGAUCAACAGCGGCAAGAGCACGCUGUUCGGAUGGUCUGGGAAUUAG